UGUUGUUACGGCGGACGACGACGAAGAUCUCGCGAUGCGUUACCUCGGGCUGUUGUUGAACUGGGUUGAACCUUCCAUUACCUCCACAGAGCGAACAAGUGACGGAAGUAUUUAGCAGGUAUAGAACCAUGAGCGGCUGCUGCUUCUGCUGCUUGUGCGAUGUCACUCCGAAACGAUGCCUCGGCAUCUACGCCAUAAUUGUUAUUGUGGUGCAAAUCACUGGCAUAGUCUACUUGUUCAAAGGUCAUGCGGCUCGAGCUGAUACCUUCUUGUACGUGGCUUCUAUUAUCUCCAUCGUCCACAUCCUAAUGCAUCUCGUUCUUCUCGACGCCGUUGUCCUGGAAAGUCAGUGGCUGUUCGACCUCUUCAGGUGUUAUUUGAUUCUCCACAUGUUUGUCGCCAUUGCUCUCGUCGCUUUCAAAGUAUAUAGGCAAGAAAGGGGUCAUGUAAGAGCAACUGUUGCGCCCUCGCGUAGAACUAAGAUGGCCCAAGCUGAUCACGAGUUCUACGUGAUAUAUGCCUUCGAUGUGACCACCAUUAUAACGGACCUCAUCGUGCUUAUCGUGAUCCAGUGUUACAACUUCUCCUUCACUCCAAUGACACCGGUGAAUGUGGCCGUUCAUGGCGCUGAAGCGGUUGCGGCGGGAGCUGCCCAUGGAGCCGCCGCCGCAGUGGCAAUUCCCAUUGCCGCUGCGGCGUUGCCCGCGACCUUGGCAGUCGGCGUGCUUCGUGGCGAAGCUGGCGACCAAGACUGAUGGUUGUCAACGAGAACACCGCCAUUAUCGCAGAAACAGAAUUCCGCUUGAUCGUCUCAACUUGGAAACAGAAGCAUGUGUGGUGAUAAAAUGAUUCAAAGGGUUGUUAUGUGAUAUAAAAACGGUUUUCGUAUGCAAUUGUA